AUGCAUCAAAAGCCGAAUGGAAUUCCCCAGAAGAAAGCUAAAUAUUUCGGUGAAAGCUCGCCUCAUGAUCUUAGGGACCUGGAGCGAAAUGCAGCAAAGGCAAAGCAAUGCCAGCUAGCCAAGGCUGCCUCCUACCUUGAGCAAGCGUUUGCUGGUAUGAAGACUGCUUGGUUUGGGGGAUGGGCAAUGAAUUUGCGUGGAUCACUCCGGGAGACGCACGACCUUAGUCUCCUCAUCCUCGCCAAAGACACGGCCGAGAUAAGAUCUGUCCUAGAACAGUACAAUUGGUAUGACAUUGCUGGAAGUCGGGCAUUGCUAUCAUUUCACCUCGUCUCUGGCACAGUCCAAGAGAGACUUUUUGUGGAUAUUGGAGAGGAGGGCCAGGUUGUUGGUGCUAACAUCACACUUUCAGGCACACCAAAGCUGGACGAAGCAGAAUCUUACGAGUCUAUAACCCCAGCAUUCCCUACACCGCAAGCUAGUCGGGUCAAAGUCAUCCAUAUAACAUGGCAAGUUGAGACAAAACUCAACGCAUGGUUUUCGAACAGAAAACUCUCCGAUCUUCUAGACCUGCAAUUCUUACUAGAAAAUUAUAGGAACGAAAUUGCUAGGUGGAGUCAAUUUCUAGACAAGGACAUGCGAGAAACUUUCUACGCGGUCUACAUAGCUGCAGUGGAGGAUGAGGAAAAGUGCAAGGUAGCAAAGGAGACCCUCUCCCUGUAA